UCAAUUAUAUCGGUAAAUCAAAUAUUGCAUAUUUCAGUUUAUCAUGAAGUAUCAAGUAGUGAGGUCCCUUUGUGUUCUGACAAUUAUACUGACCUUAGGAGAGUCUAAAAAGUAUCUGUUGGAGACAGUUGGUGAACCAGGAGGAAUUGAAGGAGGACAUUUAAAAUCAGGAGUAGACUAUGCUGAUUUAGCUGAAGCUGGAGCAUCUUUUGAAGAUGAUGGUGCCUUUAAAGAUUAUGAACCUCCAAUUGCAGCUGAUGUAGUACUCUGUGAAACAGAGAAAGAGUGUCCAGAACCAUUAACAUGUGACUUGGAAUUAGGAUUAUGCCUUCACAAAGAUGAUAAGGCGGAGGAGACUGCCUGAAGUAAAUGGCAAGAUUAACUGAUAUGUCAUCAAACAAAAUUUGCUGAAAAAAUCUGAUUUGAUUAUGUUCUCAGAUAGAUCUGGACUCCUACAGUCCAAUAUGUCUAACCUGUAAUACUUAUUUUAUUAAAUUGUGUUAAAAACAAA